AUGAUCCAGCUACACAAGCAACCCUCCGAGCUGCCAUCCAUCAGCGUCACGCACAAUGCCUCGGCCCAGGUGCAAAGACUACACUCGCAGCCGACAACGUCACUUGGCUGCGAAGGACCGAGUAUCUCAGCGCACAGCAAAGGCACGCUCAGCAACAGGUUCAGAAACCCAAAAGUUCUGGAGCGCAUCGGCGUCUCCAGAGAGGCCCAAUUCGCAAAAAUCGAAAAGCCCUUCACCGUCGCACGGAAGCCUUUGUCCAGUCUCGUCCAUCCACACAAGAUGGGUGUCAAGGCUGAGCAGGUCUUCGACUUCCUCCCAAAUCCCGAGACUUGGGCGACCAAUUACCAGGUGGCCCGCUUCAUCGACCCCCCGGGUCGUAUCAACAACGGUGUUCCUCCUCGUGUGGACGUUGCCCUCUUCCGCCCCAUCAGCGCUGCAGACGGAGAGCAGCGCGUUUAUUACUACCUUCCUGCUAGCGAAGAGAUUUCCGAAGACCCUGAAGCGUCCAUGACCCUCAUCGACAACCGUGACGUCGAGGAGAACAAUGCUCGCAGAUUGCGCAAGAGUAGAAGGACCGGAAAGUUUCCCAUCUCUCCUGAAGUGGACGACGACAGCGAGAAGCAACCCGAGUCAAACGUUCUCAAGAAGGACUACGCGACCCCCUUCAAGCUCUCGCGUGACUAUGUCCCCAAAGACACCACGGACAGCGCACACGAUGUUCUUCUCCUCACCCUAUACGACGGCGUUCCCGACCAAGAGCCAGAUGCCGACGUUGACCACAUCAAAGGUGUCAAAGCUGCCUCCUCUAAACCCACCGGCGAAGAUGACGACGAUGACUACCUCUUUGGCAACGAUGAUGACGCCAACGAUACCGAAGACGGUGCUGCUGCUGGUCAAAUCGACUCCACCCUUCCUCCGCAACCCGAGUAUGAACACCAGAAGCGAUCCAGAAGAUCUGCUGCCACCAAAGGCAAGGAGCGCAGCGAGCAACCCGACGGUCCAGGAAUCACCAGCGAGUCUCGACCUAAGGCACGCGCCUUCUAUCACAAGAUAGGCUUGCGUUUCACCCUCCGUGUCUGGCGAUCCCGCUUUGCCAGCAACGAAAGGCUGCGAAACCGAGACCGAAGGUAUCCGGGCAAGUGGGAUGCCGUCGUUCUGUCCAACCGCGAGCUUCACGAGAGAGAACAGCUGCGCAGGCUUCAUCUCCGAAGCCAGGUCGACGAUGUCGGAGAGCUCCACCCUUACGAAGAGGAGGAGGAGCUUUAA